AUGGCAAAGAUCAUUAACACCAGCACCACCAGCAUCUUCAUUGUGACUUCUGCAGCUAGAGUCAGCAUUCCCCCAUCCRGGAGCAUGUGUUAUGUGGUAGUAUCAGUCACCUUCCACAAUAGUCAAUGGGGAACAGUGUGUCAAGAUUACUGGGAUAUGGAGGAAGCCAAGGUUGCAUGUCGACAACUUGGUUUUACCAAGACUCUAGGACCUUGGUGGUAUGGACGAGGGAMGGGACCAGUCUGGCUAGACGACAUGGGAUGUACAGGAUCCGAGGCCUCUCUUCAAAACUGUCCUCAUGCUKGAUGGGGAAGUAGAUGGCCAACCAUAAGUAAAUGGGGAACGAUCUGUGACGAUGACUGGGAUAUGAAUGACGCAACAGUUGCUUGUAGACAACUUGGUUUCACCAAAGAUUUAAGAUUUUGGCACYUUGGACGAGGAAAGGGACCAGUGUGGCUAGAUGAAAUGUCAUGUACUGGUACAGAUGCCUCACUUCAUAGCUGUUCUCACCCUGGAUGGGGAAAUGCUGACUCUGGCUGCAGAAGUCACAAUGAAGAUGCUGUCAAAUUCGUCUACCACAUUGGUCAAUGGGGAACAGUGUGUCAUGAUUACUGGUACAUGGAGGAAGCCAGGGUGGCAUGUCGACAACUUGGCUUUACCAAAGCUCUAGGACCUUGGCACAGUGGAAAAGGGACGGGGCCAGUCUGGCUAGAUAACAUGGGUUGUACAGGAUCAGAGACCUCACUUCARAGSUGUUCUCAUCCUGGCUGGGGUGUCUCUGACUCUGCCUGCAAAACUCACAAAUAUGAUGCUGGUGUUGUUUCAUAUGAAAAACCAAACAUUUAA